AUGAACAAAGGUAUCGGCAUUCUUUUGAUCGUCAGUGUAGUCCUGUGUCGUCAUCACGAGAAGCGAGGACGUUUCCGUUUCCGUGGGCCACCGAUACCACCGCCGCCACCGUAUCUCAGGGAAGUAAAUGGAACAGCCCGUCUGGAGUACUUCGACAUAAUGAGAAACAGGAGCCUCACCAUCGCACAACAGAAGAAAGACGUUCAGGCUUGGGCUGCGAAAUAUGACAUCACGGAAAUUGUGGAUGAGUACAAUGCAAAUGUGACAAAAAUGAUAGAAGAAACAAAGAGGAACGUGACUGAACUGAUCGACAAGCUGCCAACAGUGCUGCAAAUGGUCUACCAAAUAAUGGACAACGAAGACCAAACCGUUAUUCAGCAGCGCCAGGCUUACUCUAAUCUGAGUGCGCAAUAUCCGCAGGAGUACCGUGUAAUUGAGUUCACUUUUGAACAAUUUCUACCUAAGUGUGGUUGUGGUGGUGAACAUGAUGGACGUGGUCGAGGUCGCGGUCCACCGCCUCCACCACCAAACUCGCUGAGAAUUAGUGGUUACGACUUCGUCAUGGAAUCACGAGAUCCAAUGGAAAAUGGAGAUGAAAUUGAAAUAAUCUUCCCAGUUUCUCCUAGCAUUGAAGGACUUGAUUGGAAAGGAAAGGCCAGCCGUUCCGAAGAAUCUCUCGAUGCGAGAGAAAUCGCGGAUUGA